AGUGUCAGCAAAGUGUUGGUAGAGGCGGUUUCCGUGUGGUACAUCGCAUUCCCAUACUAGGAACCGGACCGCUAGGGGUUUUUUUCCCCUCCCUGGAGUUUUAGGCGAGAGGUAAACAUGUCUGGUCGCGGAAAGCAGGGCGGUAAAGUGCGGGCAAAGGCCAAGUCCCGCUCCUCCCGCGCAGGCCUGCAGUUCCCGGUGGGCCGAGUGCACAGACUGCUGCGCAAAGGUAACUACGCGGAGCGAGUGGGCGCCGGCGCGCCGGUGUACCUGGCUGCGGUGUUGGAGUACCUGACGGCGGAGAUCCUGGAGUUGGCUGGCAACGCCGCGCGGGACAACAAGAAGACCAGGAUAAUCCCUCGCCAUCUGCAACUCGCCAUCCGCAACGAUGAGGAGCUAAACAAGCUGCUGGGGAAAGUGACCAUCGCUCAGGGCGGCGUCCUGCCCAACAUCCAGGCCGUGCUGCUGCCCAAGAAGACGGAGAGUCAGAAGGCGAAGAGCAAGUGACCCUGACGCUGCCACAGGGGAGCUGGCUUCCCCAGCAAAGGCUCUUUCAUAGCCACCCCGCAGUAUUUUUGAAUGUACUUGAUGUCAUGGAGGGCCGGCUCGACCUAGUGGGGAGGUGGGUGGCGAGGGGCCCACCGGGUCCGGGAGCCAAUAAAGUCAGUGAAAAUUGU